AUGGCGGGCGGCGCCGCCGUUUGUUGCUGUUCUGCGGCUUCAGUUAGAAACAACGACCCGGCCGGGCCCGCCCCGCCCGCAAGCAAAAUCACCGCGCCCUGCCUGCAGGCGCGGGACACCGCCCGCAGAACUGCGAACCGUGUAGUGGCUCGCGGUGUCAUCCGCGGCGUGCAGAACAAGCCCGAGCUGGAGGUGACGGAGCUGACCGUGAAGGUGACGAAGAUGCUGCGCCGGUCGACGGACGCCGCGGGCGGGCUGUGCGCCGAGAACGAGGUGUCGCCGCUGGGCGACUGCGAGGGCUACGAGGAGACGCCCUCGGCCUCCGCCACCCCGGCCGCGCCCACCGCCGUCUCGCUGCAGGUCAGUCCCACCCCUUCGACGCCAGGCGAGCGCAAAAGCGUUCACCGUCGGGAAAUGUCAUAG